AUGGAAGAUCCGUGGGGUUCGCCGUGGGCUGUAGACUCUCCGGCCAAGAUCGAGCUCCCAGCCGCGCCCCAGACCGCGCACUUUUCCGCCGACCACCUCUUCCCUCGACGCGGCUCUCGCUCGCCGGCGCCGUCGCGAUCGCGGUCACCGGCCGGGUGGGAGGAUGACGAGGCCUGGGGCGGGUGGAAUGGCGGUGCGGCUUCCGAGGGCGGUGGCAGCGGCAGCGGCAAGGAGAGUCCCGGGUGGGGGAGGAGUCCUGGGCUGAAGCCGCUGCAGGUUGCCGCGCCUUCGGUGAGGUCGCUGUCGCCGGAUCCUUGGAAAGAGGUGGCUUUGAAACGACUGGACACGGCGGCGCUGGAGGACGGAGAGCGGGAGCCUAGGGAAAGGAGAGCUUCGGAGACGUCGGGUGACGAUCGAGCUGUAGAUUCUGCAAUCAGUCUUGGAGAAGGGCAGGGUCUGCAGAGAGGGAACGAGCUGAAGAUUGACACGCCUCUCGUGGUGCCGUCGUGGGAUGAUGAUGCGGACGGCACAUGGGCUGCGGGAGCCGCGCCGGAAGCGCCGGCUAUCGAUGCAGGGAUCCCGGCUAUUCAGCUCGAACAGCCAGACUUUGCUCUUGACGCUGGAGUGCCAGUACUUGAUGCUGUCUGUGUAGAGGAGAAACAGAGCUUUCCUACGGCAGCUGAUGAGUCUGCCAGAGAAGAGGAAGCGACUGUAUCGCCGGGAAAGUUCGAGGUGGACGACCAACCCCCAUCCUUUGCUGCCAUCGAAGCAGUCAAGAUUGCUGCUGAAGAUGUGGCAGUCGUAACAGAACCCGAAAUAAGCCAGCCUUCCUUGCCAACUGAGGCUGAACUUGCUGCCGAGUCUGAGGCCUGGCAGCAAGAAUCGGAGGUUAAAGUGUCCAAAGCGCCAGCUGUGAGUGUAGUCGAUGGCUUGGGAGUACCAGCUCCCACGCUCCCUGAGACUAUGGAACAUGCUUCCUCGCGGGCAUCAAACAAACCGGGCAUUCACUUUCCUAUCGAUCUUACGCUACUCGACGACUUAUUCCCCAACACGCCACCCAUCACAACUCAACCAGAACUGGUGCCAGAUGUCAUCAUCGACGACACGUUUGCUUCAGGCAGCGAGCGCAGGGCAUGGUACCUCAUUUCCCGCUUUGGGUCAAUACGGAAGCACGACAUGGGAGAUGAUGACAACUACGUGCGAGUAAGCUGGGCCGGGUCUCACAUUCGAGAACAGACUACUCAGACGGUGAGGAGGUGGAUGGAAGAAGACUCCAUCACCGGCCGCGUGGUCCUCGGCAGACGCCUUGGCGGCUCGGGUGCGGCCAUGUUCAACUGGAACUCGUCAGCGCCGCCGGUGGAAAUCGGAGAGUUCCUGGGAAGGCAUUCGAGGAAUUCAUCCAUGACGGUGCACUCGGCAGCCGCAUCGCCCACUGCGUCAUCAUUCGGUUGGAACAGCAGCGUCCCAUCAUCACCAGCGGUUUCUAAGCAUCCCCUUGCCAAUGAGGUCCCGCAAGAAGAUGCACGAGGGGUGUCAUCACACAAAGACAUCAAGGCCGACCCGGCUCUACAGUCGCUGUCUCUUGCGCCGCCUCCUCCACAUACCGCUCGGGCACAUAUCCCGGCGCCCAUCCACAUCCCGCCCACUUACAGCAUACAGCAAGACGAGGAGGACGACGACUGGGGCGAGAUGAUGACUGCCACGCCGACGACUACGACAUCAUUCACCGAGGACGAAGAAACCGCGAGCAAACGCCACAGCGUUCCUCCUCCUCCUCAAUCUGCUUUCCAGUUCGAUACUGUAGUCGAAAGCCCGAAGCUGAUGCCACCAAAAACUGAAAAGGCUCCGAGCAAGCGGCCGUUCUCAUGGCACCUGGGGCAAGCGCUCAGCAAGCCCUUUAAGCGAGGGCCCAAGACGCCCUCUACACCAACAUUCUCUAGCCCGCUCUCGAGGCCAUUGACGCCGCCCCAGGUUGCUCAACCUGUGACGCCUCGGCAUGGGCAUGACGGGUCGGCCAGUGUGUCGUUUAUUCAGCCGGCGCAAGGGCCUAAUUUGAGCGCGGAGGAUGAGGACACGGUGGCCAGGCUGUUGGGAGAAAUUCCUGAUCUCACGUAUAUGUUGCGAUGA